GAGGAGGGGGAAACGACAGGAGGCAGGCAGACAGCAAGGCAAGCCGGGUCUGAGGUUGGCUAUUCAGUGAAUGCAGAAAACAUACCACACACUAGCUUGAGGCUGGGGGCCGAAUGGUAAAAUCAUCGACCACAGCACAUCGAACGUAUUUGGAGACCAUAUCUUCCUUCUCUUCACUGCGCUUACAAGGAUACCCAGAUGGACAACAAAACCACCUCAGAAGACAAACCUGUUCAACGCUCCAAGUCCUUCAGCUUUAAGACGCAGAAGGAGGUUUGCCAGUCAUGUGAGAAGACGGUGUACCCCAUGGAGAGACUGGUGGCCAACAACCAGAUCUUCCACUCCACCUGCUUCUGCUGCAAGCACUGCAACACCAAACUCAGCUUGGGCUCGUAUGCAGCCCUGGCGGGAGAGUUCUACUGUAAGCCCCAUUUCCAGCAGCUGUUUAAGAGCAAAGGCAACUACGACGAGGGCUUCGGCCGCAAGCAGCACAAGGAGCUGUGGCAGUCCAAGGACGCCGAGAGCGUCUAGGAAAGCGGCCUAACACCUCCUUACCCUCGCCUUACCAACCCACAACCCACUUCACAACCCCCCCCCCCCCCCCCCCCCCCCCUACAACUACACCCAAAUCACCAGCUCGUCAGACAUCCCUUACACCAUUCCCCCCAAGACACACACGCAGACACACACACUCACACAUGCCGCUAUCCACCUGUGUCUCAUAUGCAGCACAUGCGCGCGCGCACAAACACACACACACACACACACACACAUACAUGCACGCACACAUACACACACUAAUACAGUACUUAUCAUUCACAGAAGAUGCAAUUCAUUAGAUCUUUCACCUGAUAGUUAAAUCAUUUAAAAAAUGUGGACCUACCCACCCACAAAAAGACUGUCCUGUCUCUGUCCUUUACAGUUUUAAAAGAAAAAGCCGGGUGGGUCUUUUGUACUGUUUUCGUUACGUCUUUGUUUUUAAAUUUCUCUAUUCAUAUUUGUUUGAAUUUGGAUUUAAAAGUGAGAAGAUUAUCCGUAGGUUGGGUGGUUGGUUAGUUGGUUGGUUGGUUGGAUGGGUGGGUGGUUGGCUGAUUGGUUUGUAUUCUGUAUAAACCUUGUUUCUGUUGGCUGUAAGAACGGCUAGUUGACUGUGACCAAACAAUUGUUUUAUUUUUCAAAAUGCGCUGGUUGUGUGGAGGUGUUCAUGCUGAUAUUGGUGGUAGUGAUCCGAGUCUUGCUGUUGUUCUGUUUAGUCGUUUAGUCCGGUGAAGCCGCUGUGGUACCUACCCCUCAGGCCUGAGACGUCAGAUUAGCUGCCUACUCAGGUACACAGCUCACUCUCUGAGGCGUCAGAGGAUUGGCUCAGGUAUUGAUACUUUACCGAAAGAUUCCUGUCAUUUGAACAAAAAAAUAAUAAGCUUAAUGAAAAUGGAUUUUAUUUUCUUUGAUCAUUUUUAUUUUCUGUGGUAAUUAGCUUUUUGUUUUUACCUUCUCAUUGAUUUUGGCAGAGCCAUUUGGUGACAGGUCUCGACUUAGGAGAUGCCUGUCAUUGCAUCACUGCAGACAUCGUUUUUCCUCUGGCAGGGUACUAGCGUAAUAUCUGUGAAACGAACAGGGUACACUCUUCUGUAAAUAUCCAAGCCCCACCUAUUUCUGUCUCUCUUUUUCUUUUCCUCAAGCACAUCAGCUGAGUCGUGGUUUGAUUAGGCAAACUUGGUGGUAUAGAGGUGUGGGCACAACUGUGUUGUCAGAAUUGCAUGUGAACUCAGUGAAAAACAUUUGCUACAAUUAACAAAAGCAGAAGGUGCCAUUGCUUUCACUGAGAUCCCAAUGAGAGGCAUUUGAGCAAGUUGAUCUUAAAUGUUCCUUUGGCAUUUAUUCCAUAGUCAUAUGUGGGUUUCUUAUUUUCUCUCUGUUUCGAUUGUACGUUUUUACAUAAUUUACUCAGUUAUUUGUCUUCUGUUCCGAUAAACUGCAGUCCAGAUAAUCAUUUUGUUGUGAGAUUUCUUUUUUGUUUUUCUGUACGCGUUCACUGUAAAAUGUGGUGUAUGUUUGUAUUGAUCUCUGCUAUCAUUGAGGAUCAUGCUCUGUAGGUCCGUCCACACUCUAGGUUACCACAUCACCAGGUCACCAGACUCACGCUGGUUUAAAACCUGGCAAACAAAAGCCAAACACUGGCAUCCCAUGUUCCCUCUCUGGCUGUCCCUUUGAGCGUUAACAUGAGCGUGAACGUUAACAUGCCCUGAAGUCAUACUGUAUCUUGCGCCUACCUUUUCACAUAUAGGUUUGGUGAUUUACUGGGUUGCUUUCAUUGCUGAGUUGAGCUACUUGGUAGGCUCUAUGUGAGCAUGUAGAGGUUUGUGUUCAUGUUGGGUUUUUAGGAUGUGUAUGUUUUUUGUUUUUUUUAAAUCUUUUUGAGUUUUGACAUUUGCACAAGAUACAUCUGCUCAAAAAUACCUUUUUUGUACAUUGGUGUAGCUUACACAUAGCGAAUGUACUGUUCUGUACUGUACGUGUGUUAAUUGUGUGGGACCAAGCUUGUGUGGCAGGAAAGACUUGAGAUUCACAGGGAUGCUUCUUGCAGGAAAUGGCAUUGCACGGUGUGACACCCAGCCCCCCCCACCUCGCCCUCAAACCACUCCCCACUGUGCCACUUCCUGCCGUUAAGUGUUUUUCCUGUUUGCGCCACUCUACCCCCCCCCCCCCCCCUUUCUCUAAAAAAAUGUCUGAAAAGAGGUGUUUCAGUACAAGAGAUUUCAUCCUUGUACUGCAUUCUUUAGAUCUCCAGCAGUCCACUCAGGAAACAGUAGGGCUUUGAGGUUGUGGUUGGAUGGUUGUCACUUCAUUUAGUCUUCUUCUUUUCUUCAGUUUUUGUCUUUGAUGGAAACUUUGGGUUAAAAAAAAAAGAUUGCAGUGGCAGUGGUGUGUAUUUGCUUCUAGAUGUCUGAUCCUCUUCCUGCCCAGGUUACCAUGUCCUCGUGCUGUGAUCACUGAUGUCUAAUGUAGAUAGAGGAUAUAUGGGACCGGCCCAGUGUUUAGCAUGGAUUGUUCCGUAACAUUGCCCUUGUCAUCAGUUCCUUUUUGUGAAAACCUGUCCUCGCAUCCUAUGACGUGCCCUGCUGUUUGUUUGUGGGUUUGUUUGUUUGUUUGUUUGUUUGAUUUGUUUUUUUGCCACUUUGUGACCUCACUGAAUUGUCUUAUCAUCCCAAUAUCAACAAAAAAAGUUCCCAUUUGUCAAUCCUUUGCCUUGCUUGACACAACUCCUAUUCUUAUUUCCCAUCUGUAAUAAAGUCCCCCUUCACCAGUGGUGUGAGUUUGUGUGCCACCUUGUGUUGUGCUGUGGGCGAGAGUGUGCAUGUACAGAGUGCUGUGAAACAGAGAGAGGUGGCUAGAGAUAGUCCAACGGUCAGGGAAUCCGCCCCCUAAACCGCUGUCCCCUUUUGCAUGCCUGCUUGUUAACUCUGCACCUGGCCAACGACAUCCUGCAAGUGACUAUACAUGCUGUUCUUUAAAAGAAAAAGAAAAAAAAAGUGCAUGGGUUUCAGAGCAGGAUUUGUGACUUGCGCGUUGUGACCAUGGACAUAAGAGGAGGGCUCCUUUCUUUGUAUGUCUGUGGUUGUGACCAGUUGGUCUGUGGUCUCCAAUGUGAGGAGGCAGCUCCCCCUGGUGGAGGGAGAAGGUGAGAAGAGUGUUUAAAAGCUUUACAGAGUUAACGUGUAAGUAUAAACGUGUACAGAUCAGGCGGCCUCAUUUCGGCCAAAUGACGUCAGAGUCCUUAGGACCUAAGCGUUAGUCUAGUGCAACAGAUGUCCAUUUUCUUUGAUUUUCUUAUAAAGUCAAGGAAGUGCUUUCGAAAGCCAUUGCUUUUUUUGGAUGUUAUAAAAUGGGCUAAGAAACUAAUUGAGCCAUUUAGAUAUUAAGACAGGUAAUGACAUAGCCUUUUGUGAAAUAAGAGACUACUGUGAAACUGAAUGCGCUGUGAGAAACACAAGGCAAGCUCCAGAAAGUAAAGGAAUUAGCCUAUAUCCACAAGGCCUUAGAAUGAAACUAAAUUUCUCCUACAUCAUUAAGUUCCUGGCAUGAGCAACCAAGUCUGCAUUUAAAUAGUUUCUUUUUGUUUUUUACAAAAAAAUGCCCCUGAUUGUUUGUAGGCGUACUGUAGAUAUGUCUGUGAGUGGUGGGCCCAUGUCCGUAUUUGUACACAAUCAGAUUGGCUUUGAUCCCUCCUGCUUCUGCUGUUUCAAUAAACAAUCACAUCUUUUCAACAAACAUAAAUGUAUUAAAAAUGUUCAUCUGAAUGCAAACUGCAGUUCUGGCAGAGGCCCUGACUGAACCUGAACGUUAGUGCGGGUCUCUAUACUGUUGGGAAAAAAAUUAUUGAAUUGCUUUGGAUAAAAGCAUUCAAACGAAAGGGCUUUGAAUAUUAUCUGAGCAAGUUCAACCAGAUCAAAUGUGAAAAUUAAAUCAAAUGAUAAGAUUGCAUAAUAAUGAUGUAGGCCUACUGUUGAACACGAAAUGUAAAAUUUCACUGCAUAAACUUGACAUGUGGGAAAUGGUGGCCUUAAGGCGAUCGGAGGAUCUGUCCCCCUUCCCCCUUUGUUCAUUUUGAUCCAUCAUCACUCUCAAGUUCAGCCUUGUAGAAAACAAUGAUGAACAUGUGUCAUUUGACUUGUCUUUUUACCGCAUUCUUCUGAGAUCAUGUUUCCCUCUUUUUUAUUUUCAUUUUUUACACGCUUUUGGAGAAAAUGAAAGAAUAAAUAUGCUGGUGUGAACCAGUUGUGUGUCGAAAA